AUGGAUGAUUUCUCUACCAGCCCUAGAAACAGAUCAAUACCCAAUGUACCUUUGGAUGAUGGAGACGAGGUAAACGAGGAGCAAGAACAACAACAGGAAGGUGAACGUAUUGAAUCAGUUUGGAAAGGCAUCUUAGCACGAAUAAUGGUGGUUCCUACGUUUGUUACAAUGAUAGGGCUUAAAUGGGAGCAUUUUGAGUUACUGGCAGAUUAUAUCCAACAGCGGCUAUCUAGCGGUCUAAAUUUUGUCAAAGAUUACCAAGUUGUGAUUGUCUUCAUCUCUGCAUGGACCUAUAUCAUCAAUGGCCUAUGUUCGAUCAAUUCUCAUAAUAAACAUCGGUUGCUUCUUUGGGUGUUCAUGCCAUUAACUAUUAUAUCAAGCUUAGCCUAUCCCAUCUAUCGAUCAUCCCAAGGCGUCGAUGGCUUAUCUCCUGGCCUGGCUAGAAUUAAGCAGUAUUCAUCCUUUGCCAAGCAUCUCGUUGAUAUUGACACCAAAGUAACGGAACAAGCUUCACGCAUGGAGCAGCUCUUUCAAAAGACACAUUAUAGCAACAAGCAACUGCUGGAACACAUCUCUCUUGUCUCAUCACAGAUUCGAGAGCAACAGGCUCAACUGAAUUAUCAGCGUGAGGAUUACCGAAGGAUUUGGAAUCAACUGUAUAACCAGCAUCAAUACAUGGCAUCUGUCUCUGACGAUAUAAAGCAAGACGUUAUUGAAGCACUUCAGGACAACGCCAUUGCAGUAUUUGACACAAAAGAAGAGCAGCUCAAGGUGUCGCCACAGUUUUUCGAAUACAUGCAAACAACCAAUUUUAUCCAAGCGUUUAUUCAGCAUAAUAAACAUACCAUCAGAUCUUUCAUUCAGCAGGAAUUGCAACAAUUCUUCUUGGCACAUCAAGAUGAGACCCACUCCAUUAUGAAAAGAAUAGAGCAACUACCAUCUUCCUUGGAGCAGCUAGUUGAGUCAGCCAUGAAGAAGUAUCAGCCUCCUCAAAGCGACAACGAACCUGAUUUUGCGCUGGGCAGCCGAGGCGGUAAAAUUAUUCCAUCGAGAACCAGCAAAACCUAUCGACCUCCACUCACGUCCAAACUACUUUUACGCAGAGCACUUGGUUACUAUACCAAAAUCACAAAACCCCUGGCAGUUCUUCAACCGAGAACGGAAGUAGGCGAAUGCUGGUCCAUGAAUAGCUCCAAUGGCACAGUGGGCAUCUAUCUGAGUGAAGAGAUCUACAUGACCAGUGUAAUACUAGAGCAUCCAUCAGCAAGUGUGCUACUGGAUGAUAUCAAAAAUGCGCCUCAAGAUUUCAAAGUGUUCGGUUUGCCAACAGACUCGCCCGAUUUGCCAGACGAGCCCCUCCUUCUUGGGCAGUUCAGAUACGAUAUCCACUCUGAACAGAGAGUCCAAAAGUUUCUAUUGGAAACUGACAGAUCCUUCCAGAUUGUGAUCAUUCACUUUUUAUCCAACUGGGGCAAUCCUGACUUUACAGACAUUUACAGAAUCAAGGUCAGUGGCAAGCCUGUAUCUCAAUACACUGUUGCAAAAGAAGAAGGUGAUUUCCGAUGA